AACACUGUGACGCAUUCGGAGCACGGGGACGGGAUAUCCGGGUGGCGGUUGACGUAAAGCGUUAUGCUAUCACUGUGAUGUGAUGUGGCGUUCCACCCAGCUCCUGUCUUAUGGCGCUACGAUAAUCCAGUCAUUUCUAGUGCUGGAGGAGGCCCCGUGAUCUAACAAGGCUAGGGAAGGACUGGAAACAAGGCCUGCAUGAUCCGCUCCCCGUCACUGUCACUGCCCUGCCCCAGCGUCGCUCGAGUUCAAGGGACGUGGCGAUGCCUUCUGAUGUCUGUCUUCAAACAGCAGGAUUUAAGAUAAUUUCUUCUCCAGAAUGGCUUCUUCCACUUCCCGAUCAGACAUUGAUGAAGACAGGUUCUAUUUCGGCAAAAUCACAAGUAAUGAAGCUGAUGAAAUCUUAAUGAAAGAGGGUGGAGAAGAAGGAACAUUUCUCAUCAGAGAGAGUUGUUCAUCUCCUGGAAACUAUGUGUUGUCUUUCAUAUCUGAUGGCCAACCAAUACACAUUCUGAUCCAGAAGUAUAAGGGCGAUGGAUUCUCCUUAGUGGUUUUGAAUGAGGCCCGGUUAUUCAAUGGCUUGGACAGCCUUGUGGCAUACUACAGCCAACACCCUGUAGGGCCCUCCACCACCACCCUCUGCCACCCUUGUCCUGGGAACCCAUUUCCAGCAGACGUUUGCCUCCAUGGCUCCUCCAAUCUCCUCCACAGAUCAACUAGUCAAGGUAACAUUAUUGUGGUCUCCGAACUGCUGAAAGCAGGCUAUAAGAAAAUUGAUGUGAGAAAUAACACAGGGCAGACAGCACUACACAUCGCCGCCAUGAAGGGCUACCAGGAAGUUGCAGAGAUGCUCCUGCAGCACGAGGCAAAUGUUGAAGUUCGGGAUGAGGAAGGAGUGACACCGCUGCAUCUUGCCUGUAGGUACAAUAUGCCUCAUAUAGUGCAACUCCUUGUGGAGGUGGGCCAGGCAGAUGUACAAGUCAGAGCAACAAAAACAGGAUCUGUACCUCUGCAUGAAGCAGCUGAGAAUGACAGUGUGGAUUGUGUCAAGGCACUGCUGGCCUUGGGUGCUCCCUCCCAUCCACGCAAUGCACUUCGCCAAACACCAGCAAGUAUUGCCAAGAGGAUGAACCAUUCAGAGUGUUAUAAUUUGCUUGUGAACCAUGUGGUGCGGGUGCCCAUUUAUACACUGAAGGACUAUUACUUUGAGAACCUAGACCGUGUUGCUGCCCAAGACCUGCUGCUCCGUAGCCCAGACACCAUCUCAGGGCACUUCCUUCUCCGCCACAGUUCCCGCAAACACUGUGGGCGUGUCCUGUCAUUGUUGUGCCAGGGCGAAGUAUAUAAUUAUGAAAUAGUGAAGGAGGGUGACAUGUUCUGCAUUGAUGAUGGCCCAUAUUUCACCUGCCUGGAGACCUUAGUGGACCAUUAUGUGCACUUUGCGGAUGGCAUGCCCUGUCGACUCCAGUACCCAGUCAUGGCCCCACUAAGCCCUUUGGCUGACACAGCCUCUUCAAGAAGUCCAGUUUUUGGCUAUGGAAAUCAAAAACAAAGGAACUCAGAGGGGGGGGAGUCGUCAGACAUGCUCCUUGCAACCUCUUACUCAAAAACCUCAUGCAGGGCCUCCCCUCAUCUCCACAUGGACCGCCUGCACCACUCACGCUUCCCCUCACAAGACAGCAGCUACUCACUUUCAAAGCAAGAAAGAGCAAGCUGUGAUGACGAUAAUCCCAGUUCAAUGGAACUUUGGCCCAUGCUCUCUGUGCCUAGUCAAGAGGAUCUGAAACCUCACUGUAGAGCACAAAAUUCCCACGAAUCAGAUAUCAUUGUCACAAAAGGACAUGACUUGAUAGAUCUUAAUGAACCAAGGCAAACAAUUUAUAAAGAACACAAAAGUAACUCCACCACUCAGCAGAAGACUCCUCCACGAUCAAAAAGCUCACUUAAAUUAGACCUCCAGAACUUAAGCAUAUCUAGCAGUGGAGAGAGUAGCAGCAGCCCUACAAUGGAUGGUAACAGGACAGAUGAGAUCUUUGGGGAAAUUGACAUCAACCAUCUCACCAUUGGGGAGUGUUUAGGAAAUGGAGAAUUUGGCUCAGUGCUAAGAGGCAUCUGGUUGAGUCCCUCAGGAGACAAGAUUGAUGUUGCUGUGAAGACCCUUCAUGAUGAUAACAAGGUGAACAAGAAGAAUUUCCUUAAAGAAGCAGAAGUGAUGAUGAAUCUGAAUCACUUGUACAUUGUGAAGCUAGUAGGAGUGUGUCACGGUCCCCCGGUUGCCAUGGUUCAAGAGCUGAUGGCAAUGGGAUCACUCCUUGACUUUCUUUUGGAGCAUGAAGAGGAGAUAUCAGUAGACUUCCACCACAAGCUCUGGGCUGCACAAAUUGCAGAAGGAAUGAUGUACUUGGAGCAGAAGCAUUUUGUUCACUGUGACUUGGCAGCUCGAAAUAUCCUCCUCUCCUCAAUGACCUUGGCCAAAAUAAGUGAUUUUGGUUUGUCACGAGCUCUUGGAGUUGACAAAGACUAUUACACAGCUAAAGAAGGAGGAAAAUGGCCACUGAAGUGGUAUGCCCUCGAGUCUAUUUAUUAUGGAACCUUCACCCACAGUAGUGAUGUGUGGAGUUAUGGUGUGACACUGUGGGAGAUGUAUACAUUCGGGGACCAGCCAUAUGGAGAGAUACCAGGGAAAGAUGUGGUUGCUCUCCUGGAGAGGAAUGAGAGACUUCCCCGGCCUGAGAAGUGCCCCAAGAGGGUGUAUGACCUAAUGCUGCGCUGCUGGAGCUGCAAGCCCAAGAAGAGGCCAGCCUUUAGGGAGCUGGCAGCAAUCUUCAGGACCCAGCCUGAGUACAUAAAUAUCAAGCCAUACUUCAAAGGAUAGCUUUACUUGUGUGUCAUAUUGGGAUCUGCUCACAAAUGCCUUCAUCUUUUGUGUUCUCUGUGUGCAAUGUAUUAUGUUGUAAGAAAAUUUGUAAGAUAUUUUUUUAUUAAUUAGAAGGUAAUUAUUUGCUAUUAAAUCAGUACUAGAUAUAUUAGUCCUGUUAAAUUAUAAAAAAAAUCAUACAAGUAUUAGAUUAUGAUUGAAUCUCAUUUGUGAUUUAUGUGUUACAGAUUUGCUUGAUUUCAGGGCAAGGUAUCACCUCAAAUCUAGCUCUGCUCUCUAUUGUGUUAGUCAUUUCACAUUCAGGGUUUCAGCUGUACUAGUACUUCCUUCAUGCCUAGUCCAGGGACAUUGCUCAGUGUAAGUGGCUGUUCCCUUUCCUAUUUGUAAUAUUUUUUCCUGCCAGCACUCAUCAUUGCUCUCUAAUAAGCCAUAGUAAUGGACAAACUGUGUUGCUUGCCCAGUUUUCUGUGGGGUGGAUGCUUGUUAUAUAAGACCAUUAUAGAUGUUUAUACCAAUCUUUCAUAAAUAAUAAUUAUAAAAGUUAUAUAUUUCUAAAUAUACGAUGAAAAAUAUGGAAGAGGUCUGUGAUGGUAAGCAGUGUCCAUUAAAUUAUAGCUGAGGACAACCAUGUCUUGGGUGGGAAUUCCCAAGAUGUAUGGGAAAUCAGAGAUGCACAGGUGAUUUGUGUUUCACUCAUCAUUAUUAGAAGAUUUCAGUCGUAUGUCGGAUUUGUUGUGUCUUUUCAGUACUGAUAAUAUGAUCAUGUGACGUUUUACUUCCUUCUCAAUAUCCACAUCAUUUCAAAGUUCAAACUACAUAUCUUACUUAUCCUAAGAUGUUAUACUUUUAUACUCAAAUAAAUAAAUAAAUAAAUAUAUCUUUAUAUGUAUUUAUAAUUGUUAUUAUACUGUGCAAGUAAACUUAUAAUUCUUUA